UCAGACUUUUCAUAAGUGUAAUUUAAUUGUUCGUAUAAAUGUUUUAUGUUACGUUGGCCAAAAUAUAUUGAAGAGAAAUAACAUGGCAAGAAAAUAUCCAUCAGAACGCCUGGAGGACGUAUUCCAGGAAGAGAUCGUCCAAGCUUUUCCUAAAAUCGUCAACUUUAAAAGAUUCGCUCGAUCCAGCGCCGGGCUGUGUUUAGACCAACAGGAGAUUGCUGACAUUGUCGAAGACCAUGGAGAAUCGGUUGAAGAGCAAAAAAUGCAAAUGCUGAUGAAGUGGAAGCAAAAUGAAGGUUCCUCGGCAACGGUUCCAAAGAUUCGAGCUCUUCUUCGUGGAUACAGAAACAUAGAUUCUAAUGAAGAUUUUGUCGGCGGAGUGUUCAGAGCAUUCCGUGAUCAGCCAUUGUGUGGAAGAAGACAUGUUUAUCGUGGAGAGCAGGUGAGCAAGGUAAUCGGCCCCAGACCUGUGGCGAUCAAAUUCCUCGAUUUCAACGAGCGUAACCUGCAGGAGGCCAAAGUUCUUCUUAAGCUGGCUUUUCAUCCGAAUGUUGUUUCCAUCAUCCAUUCCGACGUGUAUCACGAGGAUUCGUUCACACAAAAAAUGUUCAUUGUUAUGGAACUUUGUCACGAGAAAAAUCUCACUGAUUUUCUACAAAAUCGAGAAAAAAAGCGCGUCCCAUUCGACGACAACCUGGCCAUAUCGUUUGCGCAGCAGUUGCUUCUUGGUUUGAAGUUUAUUCAUCAAAACGACGUCAUCCAUCGCGAUCUAAAGCCUGACAACAUCUUGCUGUCGCUUGAUAAAAAGUCGCUUAAAAUAUCUGAUUUCGGGCUGUCGAAAGAGCUUCGCAAAGGUCGUUCAUACACUGUCCAAAGUAUCAUGCGUGCUGGUACUGACGGAUACAGAGCUCCGGAAACCUAUAACGACGACGUGAUUUCCAAAAAAUCCGACAUCUAUUCGAUGGGUCUCGUGAUAUACGCGGUAUGGAGUAAUGGAAAACAUCCAUUCGGUGAAGAUCCAGAUGCAUGGAACUUGUAUAUCAAGAAAAACCAAAAUCGUGACCUCGACCAUCUACUCCUCAGCGACCGAAUCAGAGCGAUAAAUUUUCUCGACAAGAUGUUGCAAUUUGAGCUGAAAAAACGCCCAACGGCUGACAAACUUCUGGCUAAUGAAUUGUUUCGAAGAUCAGCGAAAGGAGCAACAAAAGUCUUCAACGCAAACAAUGACAAUGUAAUUAUCUUGUCUUCCUGGGACGAAGUCAGCUUUUACAAACCAGCAACAAAGGAAUGGCAUGAAUGGAAGGUAAGAUAA